CAUUUUGAUUAAAGUAAUGUGAAGGUGGAUUGAAGGCAGUACUGGUAGUUAUUUUUUUUAAUUCAAACGACUUUAUACUUGAGUCGACUGGGGUUCUACGGAGACUAGGCUAUUUGAGGACACCAAAAAUGGCUACGGGCGCAAACGCAACUCCUUUAGGGAAGUUGCACCCCAGUAUUGGCGCUAAACGAGGAUUUGAGGCUGGGCCUGGUGCAGGGAACGGGUUGAUGCCAACACCGGGGCCGCCUGCUCCCUUUCCGUCUAUUCAAGCUUUCCAACCACCGAUGCCCGUCGCAGCUUUUCCGCAACCACAUCAGUUCAAUCCGGUGACAACUUUUACGCCACAGGCUCAACAGCAACCUACUGCGGGGGGCGGAAUGUCCAAAGCAGAUUUCAAUCUGAAGAAAUCCAGGAAGAAGAGUCGCUGGAGCAGCGAGACACCUGAUCAGAAGACAAUCAUUCCGGGCAUGCCCACUGUUAUUCCCCCUGGACUGACCCGCGAUCAGGAGAGAGCCUACAUAGUCCAACUGCAGAUUGAAGACCAGACUCGUAAACUGCGUACAGGAGACCUGGGAAUCCCUGUUAACCCUGAGGACAGGUCUCCCUCUCCAGAGCCUAUCUACAACAGCGAGGGCAAGAGGCUAAACACCCGCGAGUAUCGCACGCGGAAGAAGAUUGAGGAGGAGCGUCACUCUCUAAUCACUGAGAUGGUUGGCCUCAAUCCAGACUUCAAACCUCCUGCAGAUUAUAAACCUCCAGCCACCAGAGUCAACGACAAAGUGAUGAUCCCCCAAGAUGAAUACCCUGAAAUCAACUUUGUCGGUCUUCUUAUCGGGCCUCGUGGUAAUACACUGAAGAACAUUGAGAAGGAGUGCUGCGCCAAGAUCAUGAUCCGGGGAAAAGGCUCUGUGAAGGAGGGGAAGGUCGGCCGAAAGGACGGGCAGAUGCUGCCAGGGGAAGAUGAGCCUCUGCACGCCCUGGUCACCGCCAACACAAUGGAGAACGUCAAGAAAGCUGUGGAGCAGAUACGCAACAUCCUGAAGCAAGGUAUCGAGACGCCUGAGGAUCAAAAUGACCUAAGGAAGAUGCAGCUGAGGGAGUUGGCCAGACUCAACGGCACGCUGAGGGAAGACGACAACAGGAUCCUCCGUCCUUGGCAGAACUCAGAGCCUCGCAGUAUCACCAACACCACCCUCUGUACCAAGUGUGGUGGAGCAGGCCACAUCUCAUCUGACUGCAAGUACACCAGCUCAUUUGCUGCGCACAGAGCGACAGGUGGAGAGCCUCCUCAGUCAGCGCAGGACAAGGCGCGUAUGGACAAGGAGUAUCUGUCCCUGAUGGCUGAGCUAGGAGAGGCCCCGGUCCCCUCAUCAGGUGGUGGACACUCCAACAACCAUGGAGGAGGGCCUCGGUCCUCGGGGCAAAACAACAACCAGGCACCGCCGCAGAACCGGCCUCCCUGGAUGAACUCCGGUCCGUCGGAGAACAGGAACUACCACGGCAUGCAUGGGGGUCAUGGAGGUCAUGGUGGCCAUGGUGGCCAUGGAGGACACCAACACUACCCUCCACCAAUGUCCAGCAUGGGAGGCCCCCCAAUGCCCCCAAACCCCAACGGCAUGCCUCCCCCCUGGAUGCAGCCUCCCCCGCCUCCCAUGGGCCAGGGUCACGGACAUCCCAUGGGUCUUUUGCCACCUCCAAUGGGCAUGAUGCCACCUCCACCUCCUCCCCCCAGCAACCAGCCACCCCCACCUCCUUCUGGACCUCUGCCACCAUGGCAACAGCAGGCUCCACCUCCCCCUCCAACGAGCAGCAUGGCAACCAGUACGCCGCUACCCUGGCAACAGAAUACCACCACCACGUCCAGCCCUGGCACCGGCACCCUGCCUCCAUGGCAACAGCCCCAGCAGCCUGCAACCUCCGGAGCACAGCCCCCACCACCCAUGGGAACACCCUCUAUGGUGCCGCCUCCCCCAGGCGUCCAGCCCCCGUUGCCCCCAGGCGCCCCUCCUCCUCCCCCGCCGCCGCCUCCAGGAUCAACUGGAAUGAUGUACGCCCCCCCACCACCGCCGCCGCCCAUGGACCCUUCCAACUUUGUCACCAUGAUGGGGAUGGGGGUACCAGGCAUGCCCCCCUUUGGCAUGCCUCCAGCCCCCCCACCUCCUCCCCCCCAGAAUUAACCCUUCCACAGAAGAAUCACCCUCCCUCAAGAGUUUCCCUGCAGCACAUUGUGGCUGUGCACCCACACAAAAAGUAUAACCAGUGCUUUAUUUUUUAUUGAUCUGGAUAUUGUGAAGGCAUCUCUGAAACAAAGACAGGUUGUGUUAGUUAAAUUUGUAAAGUUGCUUUAGUUUAGAAAAGGAAUUCUUUUUCCCAUUUUUAAAGUUUGUGUUGACAUAAAGCUCCUUGUGUGCUUACAAAAGCACUGUUGCUCUCGAGCACGUUCUGCAUUGCUCCCAUAGUUUAUCACAACUCUUGUAUAACCAAAUAAACUGCUCGAAUAGCCAGACAGAGGUUUAAUACAACGCUUCAAAUGUUCAAUUCAGACACUGCUCUAUUAUUGGAUUUAAUAUAUUGAAGUUGCAUGACUGCAUUGUAAACACAUCACUCAGAAACUUAUACUGUCAUGUUUCCUAUGUUGGCUGAGUUGAAUAAGAAUAAUAUUUUUGUAAUAACGAGAUGUGAAGUGUAUCUUAGUUCUGUCAGAAGACCUUUUUGUAGUGACUGUCUCAGAUUGUUUUUCCAGAAACUCCCAGGGUUUUAAUUGUUUUUUUUGUUUUAUUUGCCUGCGUCUCAGUUUUGAUGAGUUAGAAAUGGGGGACUAAAUACUGCAGCUUCGGACCCCCUGCACUACUUGAAUGCUGAGAAUCUGAUAUAUCCUUGUUUUUUUUCAUCUCUUGCUCUGAUCUUGAAGCUGUGUGCAGUGUUUGUGUUGCUUCUGCAAGGACAAAAUUAUCCAUUUUGUCCCCCCAGUUUUUAGAGAAGGAAAAUGUUAGUUUUACUCUGUUUUUCUGGAAGCAGUCUUUUGUGUUUAUGGCGUUAGCCUAAAUGAAAUGCUGUUGAAAUCUUGCUUGGUUUAUCAUUAAAGUUAUCCAUUUCA